AUGAUAUGGCACUUAUGUGAUUGACAAGUAGUUGUAUACUAAGUUAUAUUAUCUCUAUGUGCAGAUUAGUUAGUGUUUAUCAUGACCAGGCAAGCAAAUUCGUGAGGAUCGUGACACGUGAAUUGAGGACGAGUCUUCUUCCCGAGGACUUAAUUCCGCUGGUACAGGACGUGGUCGAAACGCAUCCCGGCCUAACAUUCCUUAAAGAGGCAACCGAAUUUCACUCGCGCUACGUUCACACGGUAAUUGCCAGGAUAUUUUACUGCGUUAAUCGCAGUUGGAGCGGCAAGAUAUCCCCGGCAGAAUUAAGGCGGAGUAAUUUGCUCUCGGCAAUUGGUGUUUUGGAACAUGAGGAGGACAUCAAUCAAGUAACAGCUUAUUUCAGCUAUGAGCAUUUCUACGUGAUUUACUGUAAGUUCUGGGAACUCGACCGUGACCAUGAUCUUUUCAUCGAUAAAAUGGAUCUAACCAGACACAACGAUCACGCUUUAUCAACACGAAUGAUUGAGCGGAUCUUUAGUGGAGCAGUAACGCGAGGUGUAAAGAGUGCCAACGGAGUACAACAGCCUGAAGACAAAAUGAGUUACACAGAAUUCGUUUGGUUUUUACUCAGUGAAGAAGACAAAAACCAUCCUACUGCAGUCGAAUAUUGGUUCAGAUGUAUGGAUUUGGAUGGAGAUGGAUACUUAUCCAUGUAUGAAUUAGAAUAUUUUUAUGAAGAACAACUACAUCGUAUGGAAGCAAUUGGAAUAGAAACACUUCCUUUCGAAGAUUGCCUCUGUCAGAUGUUAGAUAUGAUCCAUCCCGGAAUUCCAGGAAAAAUAUCUCUGAGUGAUUUAAAAAAGUGUAAAAUGACAUCAAUUUUUUUUGAUACUUUCUUCAACUUAGAAAAAUAUUUGGAUCACGAACAAAGGGAUCCAUUUGCAUCAGCUAGAGAUCAUGACGCAGAUGGUCAUGAACUUUCGGAUUGGGAUCGCUUUGCAGCUGAAGAGUAUGAACUUUUAGUAGCUGAAGAAAGUGGCAAUGAACAAAAUGAUCAAUUGCUUUAUGAUUCCGCUACGGAAGACGCAUACUCGCCAAACUUGGACGUAUUAAUCGGUGAAUCCGUGGAUACAGUAUCCCAGGUUGAGCAAGUUAGUGCAGUUGGAUACCUAGAUGAUGUCUCUUCACCGUCCAAGCGCGCCAAGAAUUCGCACUAUGAUAGCUGUGAUAGCGAUGAUUAUGCUGAUAGUGACAACUGAUGACUGUUGUCAAGGAAGGAUGGAAGACAAAUGUUAUAUAAGUAAUACAAAGCCAAGAGUUACCUUCCUAAAUAGACUGGAAAACUUGUAAAUAGUGCGAGAGUUAUUAUAACAGAUCCUUUUAAUUUUAUCUUUAGAAAGAGCGCAUCAAAGAGAGAGAG